AUGUCUUUUUAUGGAGCAAGGGAAUCUGGAAUGAGCACCAAUAGCAUUUUUGGUGCUGUGGAUGAGUUUGAUGAGGGGACCGUAACUGACCGUAACUAUACAGAUUACUGUUAUGGACGUCCUGCAUACGAAGGAACUGCGACUGCAUGCUUUGACGAGGGUCUACUGUUUCGUAUUGUAGAAGAAGGAAGGACAACACGAUGGUCAUUCUACAACGAUACACCAAAUUGUCAAAUGCGUGUGGAGGUAACAUUUGAUGAUGAGUCAAAUAUUAAGGCUCUUCAAAAUACUUCAAUGAGAAAAAAUUCUGAUGGCUCCUAUACCUGUAGUGUGAUAGUAUAUCCACUUGAAACUGAACUUUUUAUCGAAGGUGAACCUGGGGGUUACACAAGUAAUAUCAAGGCAGAAGAACUCUCAGAUAAUUAUCUGGAAGAUCUGGUUGUGGAAAAUAAGGGUACAAUUGAAAAGGAAACUUACGACAUCUACAAUUUGGUAGGUUCUGAUGUGGCCACUGACGAGACUUUAAGAGCAUGUGUUGCCAAAAGGAUAAAAUUUGUGGAUUUUGCUUUUCCACCAGAGCAGGAGUCACUUCAAAUUGGAUCUUUAAUAGAAUUAAAGAUGAUUCCAUGGUUACGACCUUGUAUGUAUUUAUCAGAUGAAAAUGCAAAACAAGCUCGUUUGUUUCGUAAUGGUGUUCAUCCAAAUAAUAUUGAUGAAGGAGAUCUGGGAGAUUCCUGGUUCGUUGGCGCAGUGGCAUGUGUUGCAGAAUUCCCAGACAAGGUACGUGAUUUAUUUCGUCAUCCUCUCAGUUUGGAUGAAGGAAAAAAAGAACGUGAAGUUGGUGCCUAUCGUGUUACAUUUAACAAAAAUGGUUGGUGGACAAAUGUUAUUGUGGAUGAUUAUUUACCUUGUGCAGGUGGACGUCCUAAAUUUGCACGUAGCAAAGGAGAUCCUUUGGAGUUGUGGGUUUCAAUACUUGAAAAGGCUUAUGCAAAGAUACAUGGAGGUUAUGGUUUUAUUAUUGCUGGUGAUCCCUUACACGCACUUCAAGAUUUAACUGGUUACCCUUGUUCAUCUUUUAAUAAUGCUUUUAUUGAAGCUUCCACAAAUGGAGGUAUGGAAUUGUUCGGUCACUUAUUGCAAUACAACAGCUUUGGUUACCAAGCUGUAAUGACUACCCCUACAAGAGAACUUUUAAUGAGACGUCCGAAUGGAUUAUCUGAAGAAUUCUAUGAACGUGUUGGACUUUACCUUGGUCAUGUUUAUGCUGUGUUAAAAAUAAUGUAUUUCCCACAAUAUGACCUUCGAAUGUUACACGUCCGUAAUCCUUGGGUUCGUGAACAUGGUCCUCGUUGGCAAGGCCUUUGGAAGAGAGGUGAUAGCAAAUGGAAACAGUACAGAGAUGUUGCUAACGCUUGUAACUAUAAUGAAGAAGAAGAUGGUUCCUUUUUCCUUGAGUGGGGUGAGGCUAUUAAUCUUUUCACUGGCUGUGGUGUUUGUUUCAUUCAAGAUCCCAUGUAUGAUUUCCGUAUUCGUGGUUGUUUUAUGCAAAGUGUACCCACUACUUGUCUGGAAAUUACAGUGGGGGUACCUGUUAUCAUGUGUGUGAUGCUUUCCCAGGAUGACCGUCGGGGAACAGAUAAGGCGGAGUACUCACCUAUCAUGAUUAGCAUUGCCCACGGCUGCGGAGCCCUUUCCCCUAUGCGGGUCGAUCUCAACAGCGGCUUCGACACAGACCACCCGACACAAGAAUACACCUUCUUUGAAACCCGAGAGACAAGCCUGUUCUAUGAAUUCCUUCCAGAGAACUCCCCAUACCUUGUCGUUCCACGCACGAUGAGUUCAUACGCAGAACUCCCCUAUGUUCUUGGUUUACGUUCUCCAAUCGCAGUGGGAACACCUAACACUCACGUACAUGUCGGCUUCCGUGCCCUCGCACCAGGAUCUCCAUUGUUUGAUAAUAUCAGAACUUUUGAUGCCAUCACUGUACCAUGCCAGACGGAAUUUCAGGCACUCGCACCUGAGCAAUUCUUCCCAGACAUCUACGCCGGAACCAUCAUACAAGUGGAUGAUUCGUAA